AUGAGUGCUACACUAGUAAAGAUAAGCAAAAAGCUGUGGUCUCGCAUAAAUGAAACUCGAUGGACCGUCCUUUACAUAAGUUUUGCUGUAUGCCAAAUGAUAGUAUCUAUUAUAAUAGAGGCUGUCAUCCUACGGAUGAAUGAGGAUGGUGCUAGAGCAUUAGGCGACCUUAACAAUCGAUAUAAGAGCACUCCUCCAGAUACACCCCAAUUUAUUUACAUGAAUUAUUCUUAUUCAAAUUAUUUGGCUCAAUACCUAUCGAUUAUAGACGGAAACAUUUGGUUUAUGGUGUUUGAAGCUUUUCUCACUGCUUUAUGUCUCUCAGCGUUAUAUUUUCAAAAUACCAUAGAGAUAAUAUCUAUAGGUCUUAUAAAUAUUUGCUUGCUAUUGUUUGGGUCUAUACAAACCUAUCAGAGUUACAAAUGGCUACGUCGUAUCGAUGCACAAAUUUCUCUUGAUUUCCCUAAUGAUUCGACUAGCAUUUCAUUACCAAUGACUGUAUUAUAUGCUGAAUUUGUUCAACUUGCUUUUCUGGUUUUUUUCGUUUCCGCAUCAAUAUUCUUUGGUUAUAAAUUAUAUGGCGAAUUCGGAUGGAAUAUCUAUAAGAAGAUUGGUGCUGGCAUUAAUACUCAAGUGGAUUUCUUCCUCUUGUUGGGCUUCCAAAUUCUUAAUUUGGUAUUCUUGUACGGAGACGCUGCUCACAAUAUUCAUACAAUAAUCAUUCAAAGCGUUUUUGUUGCUAUUGUUAUACCGACCCUAGGAUUGGGAUUGUGGGGUGUACGAUCUGAAAAUAAGAAGAACCCGGAUAAUUCUAAAGUAGAUAGAAAGCAAAAGUAA